AUGUAUAAAGAAAUUGAAGUUCAUAUUGUUGAAGCAAAAGAAGUUAAAGACACUGAUACUAUUGGCAAAGGUGACCCAUACGUUCAAUUUUGGUUUGAUAAUUCUACUAAAAAAUAUACAACUGAGGCGAGAUGUGGAACAACCACUCCUGUUUGGGAUAAAAGAUACACAAUCAAAUAUGAAAAUCAAAAGGCUAUCACUCUUCAUCUUAUAGAUGACGAUAUCGGCAAAGAUGAAUUUAUUGGUGAAGCAAUAAUAAAUCUUGGCGAUUUUGAACUUGCUGAUGAUAAAAGAUACAUUGAUAGAUGGUGUAGUGUAUAUUCUAAAGAUGGAAAAUCUAAUGGCGAAGUCCAUGUUAUUUUAGAACUUCUUGAUUAA